CGCGGCUCGGCAGUUGCUACCCGACGCUCGAUGCUCGAGGCCGCGCCGCGACCCGGCUCCUGUUGGCGUUCGCGUUUGUUUACCUCCGUUUGUUUACACUCGACGAUUCCGAUCCCGAGUCAAUGUCGCCUGCGCCCGCCAAGGAAGCGCCAACGCGCCGCGAGUGACAACGCGCCUCCUCAUGAGCGACGUGAAAUUAUGGUGAAGUGAAGUUAAGUUUUCCCGUUGGAUAAUUCGCUGACUCCGCCCAAGGAUCUUUUUCCCAUAUGUCUGCAGACCAACUUGUGCCGGUAGGAAAUGGGCCUGAAGACGUGGGGCCCCCCUAUAACGUGACAGUUGGCAGCCCGACGGAGGACACCGUUCUUGUUCUCACCGAAAAUUGUCUCCAGAGGCCUGUCUGGAUCACCUCUCAAAAUGAUAUUCCGACCUUCGUACUCGCUGUGCUGUACAUAAUUUUCGGAAUCCUCUAUACAUUAUUCGGUUAUAGAUGUUUCAAAACGGUGAUGUUCCUAACUGGUUUUAUUUUUGGAUCAGUCCUUCUUUACUUGAUUUGUAUUCAAGAGGCUGUAUUUUCAACUUAUGGAAAUAUUUCAAUCGCACUAACAGCUGGCUUGCUGUUUGGGUGCAUCACGAUGCUAGUGCAAUACGUGGGCCUAUUCGUGCUUGGACUCCACUCGGGAGUUCUAUUGGCUGUGGCCGGUAUCGCCAUAGCAAGUCACACACCAUACGCUUCCACCUCCACUUGGCUCAAUGUUGGCAUCCUCAUGGGCUCGGCCAUCCUCUUCGCUCUCCUCAAUCUCCAUUGGCCCAAAGGGUUGACGAUCCUGGGGACUGCGGUCUACGGGGGCGCCAUUCAAGCCGCCGCUUGUGAUUUCAUGGUCGAGAGGUUCGAAAUGGUCCGCUGGAUUUGGGAGAGCGUCGCCAGGGUGAGCAGCUCCAACGCCUCGUCGUCCGUCCGACACUGCUGGUUCUCCUGGUUCAUCCUGGGCCUCUGGCCACUGGCCACUCUCACCGGCCUCUGUCUUCAGUGCGGUGUCACUGGCAGGGGCAUCCAUCACGAACAAACAAUUUCUGCAAAAAAAGCGGCGCGGAAAGCUGCACAGGUACAACAACCAAGGACAAAAGAACAACGAGCUGAAAUGAAGCAGAAAAACUAUAGGUAUCUCUAUCAAAUUCGCACCGCUCACGGAGAUAUUAUCAGUCAAAAUUACGUGCAAGCCCUCCAAAACAAAGGGAACCCGAAAAUGGGAACCGGGAUGACGAACGGGGAGAGCUCGACGCUGCAAUCGGACGCGACACACGUGACGAUCCUACCCGGAGAGACGGGAUUGGCCGAUGAAAGAAGCAGGGACUCCUUCGGGUCCCGUUACCGAUAACCUCAACCCCCGAACUUAUCUCUUGUAUAUUACGUUGAAACUUGAGCGCCCAACAUGAGGAACUGACAAUGGCGCCCUUGCAUGUGAGAGGAAUUUGCGAGUUCAGUACUAUUUGGACCACGUUAAACAGAAAGGAACCAAGCCACAUCAGCUAUUGCCAAAU